ACAUCUGAAGCGCUUCGUCCCGCGAUUCAAGGGUUCGCCCGUAUCCCCCUCGCCGCUUCUCCGCUCUCCCCGUCUUCUUCUUCUUCUUCUUCUUCUUCUUCUCAAAGCCUCCUCGAAUUCGAUCCCCUUGGAGCCCUCCCUUCCUCUCCCCCUAUUGACGACCAAUUCGCCUCGCCUUCUUUCUCCGGAUCGCGUUCUUUUGCCGUUCAUCGAUCUGCUCCCCCUUCAAGAAGUCCUCAUAGAGGCGCAGAUCGGGGUUCUAGGGUUCUGCUCCCGUCCCUCGGGUCUUCUUGCUGCGUCCGGGGGAUCUGCAGACCGAAUUGGCGAGCAGGUGCCCGAGUCCGGAACCCUAGAUCUGGGGUUGGGGCCUCCGAGGAGCUCUCGGGGUCUUUCGAUUUGGCGGCCGUUACGAUGUUCUGGCGCAUGACCGGAUUGUCUCAAGCGUCUCCGGUGGACGCCAUUUUGGAGAAGGAGAAUUUUACCUUGGAAGAUCUUCUUGAUGAGGAUGAAAUAAUCCAAGAAUGCAAAGCAUUAAAUACUCGUCUUAUAAAUUUUUUGAGAGAAAAGGUCCAAGUGGAGCAAUUGCUUCAUUAUAUAACGGAGGAGCCGCCUGAGGAUGCCGAUAAGAAGCAUAGUUUCAAGUUUCCGUUUAUUGCAUGUGAGAUAUUUACUUGUGAGGUUGAUAUCAUAUUGAGGGCUUUAGUUGACGAUGGACAGCUUAUGGACAAGUUAUUUUCCUUCCUCAAGCCGGAUCACCCGCAUAGUACAUUGUUGGCUGGUUACUUUAGUAAGGUUGUGAUAUGCCUAAUGAUGCGGAAGACAGGCCUUUUUCUCAACUAUGUUCAGGGUCACCCAGAAAUAAUUCGUGAACUUGUGGACCUCAUUGGGAUCACAUCUAUAAUGGAGGUACUCAUUCGAUUGAUUGGUGCUGAUGAAAAUAUGCACUCCAACUACACGGACACAAUUCAGUGUUUGGAAGAUGCUGAUAUUCUUGAGAUGAUCGUGGAUAAGUUCAGGUCAUCGGACUCACCGGAAGUCCAUUCCAAUGUAGCAGAAAUUCUUUGUGCCAUUACUCGAUGUGCCCCUCCAGCACUCGCAGCUAAAAUUUGUAGCCCAAGUUAUGUGGGAAGAUUGUUUCAUCAUGCACUGGAAGAUUCAAGACCUAAAUCUGUGCUAGUGCACGCCUUGUCUUUCUGCAUAUGUUUGUUAGAUCCUAAACGACUGGUAGCAUCUUCCUAUCAAGCGUUUAGAAGCCAGCUAACUCAUGGAUCAUUAGUUAUUGCUAGUCAAGAAACAGUUGAGGGUAUGCUUGGGAGACUAGGUGAUUUACUGAAAUUGUUGGAUAUUACUUCAUCGGAUAGUGACUUACCGGCCACAUAUGGUAAACUACAGCCUCCUCUUGGGAAACAACGUUUGAAGAUUGUGGAGUUCAUCUCUGUUUUGUUGACAAUCGGUAGUGAAGCUGUUGAAAAAGAAUUGAUCCGGCUGGGAGUAAUAAAGCAUGUCAUAGAUUUGUUUUUUGAGUACCCUUUCAAUAGUUUUUUGCAUCAUCAUGUCGAGAAUGUUAUAGGAUCGUGCUUAGAGAGUAAGAGGACUCUAUUAAUCGAACAUAUUUUGAAUGAUUGUGACGUUGUUGGCAAAAUUCUUGCGGCAGAAAAGCAGCCUUACUUGUCAACUGAUUCUUUUAAGGCUACAGUGUCUGCAGAGGGACGGAUACCUCCAAGAAUAGGAAAUAUAGGUCACAUGACACGCAUUGCAAACAAGCUUGUUCACUUGGGAAAUAACAGGAGCAUAAUCCAGACACACUUGCAGGAAAAUAGUGAUUGGGUUGAUUGGCAUAGCAAUGUCUUGCUCAAGCGGAAUUCUGUAGAAAAUGUACAUCAAUGGGCUUGUGGGCGUCCAACUACACUACAGGACCGAGUUAGGGAUAGUGAUGAUGAGGACUUCCGAGACAGGGAUUUUGAUGUGGCAGCACUGGCUAAUAAUUUGAGUCAGGCAUUUCGAUUGGGGAUUUAUACUAAUGAUGAUAUUGAAGAGGCUCAAGGAUCUUUUGAACGGGAUGAUGAUGAGGAUGUUUACUUUGAUGAUGAAUCUGCAGAAGUUGUCAUUUCGUCUUUGCGUCUGGGGGAUGACCAGGACAGUUCCAUCUUCACAAAUUCCAACUGGUUUGCUUUUGAAAAUGAUAGAGGGGUCAACGAUCGUCUAACAGAUUCUCCUACUUCAUCGUCACCGAAUUCAAAUGAGAAAUCACCUGAUGUAGAUGAGCCCGAUGAGGUGGUUAUUGGUGAUAACAAAGAUCUAAAUGACAUGGGAACAUCUUUGCAAGCGACAGUUCUAGGAACCACUUCAGGAGAAACUCAGGCUACUGUCUCAGAGAAUGGUCGUAUCAAUGAGCCCAAAGAGGGCACUAGUGACUCAAGUAUAAGUGAGGAUGAGAAACCACCAGGGUGGGUUGAAUGGAGAGAGACGCUGGGGUCUGACAUAGCUGGUAUAAAUCCAACUGCAGAUAUUCCGAAUGGUCAGUUUGAGAUGGAGAAAGAUGUGGAUAAUGAAGUUACACCUAGUACAGAUGAUUGUCAGCCUUCAUCUGGAGACGCAGAAACAGAGAGACCAGAUGUGGAUGAAGGUGGAUCACCAGGACCUACUGACGUUCCUGCUGAAGAACUACCAGAGUCCAGUAAGUGUAAUCUAUGUGGGGACUCACCUGGAUCUCCUCAAAUCACCUACGCUGGUUUAAGUUCGGAGCCACUUGGACAUGAAUCUGCUGCUGAAGAUUCAGAACAUGAGAGGACUUCUGACAAUGUGGGGAAGUGAGUUCAAGAUGGACAACUCCAGCUCUAUAUUGAUCCAAUGAUGGUUGCUCCAUUCAGAUGGUAACCUGGACAUUGUUGCUCGCUGUAAAAACUGCAGAGCCCUGUACAUCUUGGGAGAAGGCUUUUAUGGUACGAGGGCUGAUAUGUUGUUCUGCCAUUUACUGUUGACCUAUCACUGCUGUACAAAUGACAGGCCAAUCUAACAUAAGGAGGCACUGGCAACUUGUCUUCAUGUUUUCUCGCCGUGCGUGGAAGUUGUUGAAAUUGAUUGGUGCCAAUAAUAUCAUUGGCAUGUAGCUGCUCACUCCUAUUUUGUUCUUUUUUGUUUCUUUGUUGUACCCUUUGAUGCUAAACGGUGUUAAAAAUGGUUGUUGAUCAUAUUGAAACAUAGGACUACUGUUGUACCCAUGGUAACGCUCGCUUCGGAUAGUGAUGCGACCUUUUUUAUUUCUUUUUCUGGUUAUAUGACAGACUUAUAUGAUUUACGUUCUAACC